UUGGAGACAUUAGCAGAUGGAACUGUACACGAGCAUCGUGUGAUCACAUCGCUGCCUCACAAGGGACACAAUCUCAAGUUCCAGGUGCAGUUGGCUCAUGGCAGUCCGACUGGCAUCAUCUAUGGGUUCACCAAUAUUAUGCAACUGUACGAGCUAAUAGCAGAUUGCUACGACGAGAUAACAGUAGAUGAUAUCUUGUUCUGUACGGUGAAUACACAUCGAGUGUGUAUGGAUGCCCUUAUGAGCUCGAACAUUAGUAACGAUGAUCUUAUUUUCGCGCAUAUCGCAGGCCAAAAAAAAGAAGUCACAUUGGUCAAAACCAAUCCAGCGCUCGGCUUGACUAUCGCUGACAAUGGCAUCGGGAAAGCAUUCAUCAAGCGAAUCGUCCCUGGCACAGUUACUUCUGACGCAAACCCUGCCCUUCAGGUUGGUGAUUUUAUUGAAAAAGUCAAUGACGAUAGUAUGGUUGGUCGACGACACUUCGAUGUUGCGCGAUAUUUACGAUCACUACCUGUUGGUUCAACGUCAGAAAAAAAAAGGUCUCCCAUUGCUGACAAAUCUAUUGAACCGAAGCGAACGGGAUUCAAUACAAUUCGUUUUAAAUCUGAUGGAACAGUGCUUGUGCAGGAGGUAAUUACUAAAAAUUCUGUCGUCUGCUUUGACUCAUUGUUGCUUCGUCAUGGAUCGAUAAAUGAGGAGAUUAUUAAUGAACUCAAUUGCACUGAGCAAAUUAAUUUUAUAUUUCAGUCAGAUGUGAAUGAUUUCAAUUUCCCGGAAGAAUUCUUUUUUGACAUAUGGCGUAUACGAAGCGAUUGGAAAAACAGUCGCCUGACGCAAAGACAAGCAAAUGUUAGCACUGCUGAUGAAACAUUAGCCCCUGACAAAGCUACUGACUUGCAUGCUGGAACCUCUGAAUGA